AUGCAAAGCACCAACGAUUAUAAAACUAUGGGUGAUACCCACUCUACUGAUUCAUUUGAUCCAACUACUUACAAACAAAAGGUAAACACGAUUUCCGAAGAGCCAACAAUCAAACCUGAUAUGGUUUUGAAAAACUUUGCAAAGUCUUACGAGACACCUCCACCCGGUGGUUAUCAAAGAUUUAUUGCUGGUUUAGGUUCAUGUUUUGGUCAAUGCGGUAUGUUUUGCUUCUUAUGUGAGAACCCGUACAAGGAAGUUGAUCAAGGUGAAGUUGGUUUAGUGCAAACUUUUGGUCGAUUAUCGAGAACUGUUGAACCAGGUUUGAGUUAUGUCAACACAUGGAGUGAGAGAUUGACUAGAGUUUCAAUCAAGAUUAAUAUUCGUGAAAUACCAGCCCAAAAAUGUUUGACUAGAGAUAACGUGUCGGUUGUUAUUACAUCAGUGGUUUACUACAACAUUAUCGAUCCAAUGAAGGCUAUCUUUUCCAUUCAAAACAUUGACAAUGCCAUUAUUGAAAGAACACAAACUACGAUGAGAGAUGUCAUUGGUGGAAGAAUAUUACAAGAUGUUGUUGAAAAAAGAGAAGAAAUUGCUGAAUCCAUUGAGCAAAUUAUUGCCAAGACUGCGUUUGAUUGGGGUGUCAAUAUUGAAUCCAUUUUGAUUAAAGACUUGACUUUACCAGACAAGGUUCAAGCUUCGUUAUCUAUGGCUGCUGAAGCCAAGAGAAUUGGUGAAGGUAAAAUCAUUAAUGCCAAGGCUGAAGUUGAAAGUGCUAAAUUAAUGAGAAAAGCAGCUGACAUCUUGGCCUCUAAACCAGCUAUGCAAAUUAGAUACUUGGAUGCUUUACAAAACAUGGCCAAAUCCCCAGGUACGAGAGUCAUUUUUAUGCCAUCAGCACAAGAAGUUGAAAAGAUGGCAGGAUCAAAUAUUGGUGAUGUCUAUACUGACAAAGGCAAGGGCAAGCUUCAAGAUUUAGAAGAGGAUACUGACUGGGCUGGAUCCGAGCAUGAAAGAGUUGCUUCCCCUCAAAGGAACAUCCCUGUGGGAAUAAACAAUAAUAGGCAUAUUGCUGAUACUGUUGCUUUGCAAGAAGCUAUGCAUCAUUAA